AUGGCCGAAGUAGCAACAGAAUCGAAGACCGACAAGAGCCCGGCCGCCAACGGAGAGGCACCCAUGAACGGCGAACAGCAAGAAGCACAUUACCAGCUGCCAGAUGCCAAAGCACUUGAGGAAGCUGGCAAUCUCCUUGUAAGGGAUGAGAACGGCAACGAGACACCUUUCAAAUCCCUCUAUGAAAAUCAACCAGGUCGCCGGUUGUGUGUCUUCGUCCGCCACUUCUAUUGCGGCCACUGCGAAGAAUACGUCCGCUACCUAGCAAAGCAUCUCCCGCCAGAAAAACUCGCCUCCGCAUCACCACCGAUCACAUUGACGAUCAUCGGCUGUGGCGAUCCUCAGUGCAUCCCGGACUACCGCACGCGCACGAUGUCUUCACUGUCGAAGCCGUACCCGAUAUACACAGACCGGGACCGCGCCAUCUACACAAAGCUAGGCAUGAUCCAACAACUCGGUGGUGAGACGAAGCCGGAGUACCUGACUACCAGUGUGACCAGCAGCGUGGUUAGUAGUCUUAAGAACAUUAUUACCUCGGGGCCAAAGGGCUUCAAGGGUGGUAAUUACAGCCAGAACGGCGGUGAGUGGCUGUUCGAGGACGGAGAGCUGAAAUGGGUUAGGCGGAUGAGGAAUUCGGCCGAUCAUGCUCUGAUUGAGGAGUUGAGGGAUGCGCUGGGGAUGCAGUAG